AUGAAGAACCUUACCGAGACAGCCUGCGAGCGCCCGCGUCGCGACGCCUCCACACGCUACGACGUCAUGAACAUCACCCUGGGCACCAUCACAGGUCUCGUGGUCGUUGCACGUACCAUUUUCAAACGUGCCUUCAGCCACCGCCGUGCCCUUGGAGCGGACGACUGGGUCGUGCUCGCAGCCAUUACCAUCGGAAUCCCCACAACGAUUCUCAACACUCAGGGGCUCACUAAACACGGUCUUGGAAGAGACGUAUGGACGUUGCCUGCAGAAGAACUCACCAACUUUGUGCUCUACUUUUACGUCAUGGAAGUCCUAUAUCUGACGCUCAUGGCCAUGGUCAAACUCGCCCUGUCCCUGUUCUAUCUCGGCAUAUUUCCGGGCGUCGCUAUCCGGCGCCUGCUCUGGGGCACGGCUGCAUUUAAUGUGGCUGCUGGCAUUUCAGCAGUCGCAACUGCAAUAUUUCAAUGCACACCGAUCAGCUACUACUGGACGCAGUGGGUGGAGGAUAGGCCUGGAAAGUGUAUCGACAUCAACGCGGCUGGAUGGGUUCACGGCUCCGUCAACGUUGCCGUGGACAUUUGGCUCCUGGCAAUACCCCUGAGUCAGAUACGCCGGCUGGAGCUACAUUGGAAAAAGAAGGUUGGCGUUGCCAUCAUGUUCCUCACGGGCACGUUCGCCACAAUCGUCUCCGUCCUCCGAUUUCAAUCCCUCAUUCACUUCGCCAACUCAUUCAACCCAACCUGGGACCAGUGGAACGUCGCCUGGUGGUCCACAAUCGAGACCAACAUCGGCAUCAUAUGCACAUGUCUGCCGACAUUGCGCCUGAUCCUCGUGCGGAUCUUCCCGCGAGUCUUUAGCGGAUCCGAUCACAGCUCCUACGGCGGCCGCAACGGGACCGUCACCACCGGCCGCGGCACGAUCGCCACCCGCAGCAUCAUUGUCCAUCAGCAGGUCCGCGUGUCGACAUCGACAGUCGAGAUACCCAUGACGGACGACCUGGCAAAGCACGUGAGCGGCAAGUCCUGGGAGAUUACGACGCAGGGGAGCCGGGCGAGGAGCAGCCACACGCAUAGUUAA